GGGCAGUCCCCGCGCUGGCCGGGCUGCCGUUCCAUCCGUUUCACUCGCCCGCUUCGACCCGGACCCCGGGGGAUGCCCCCGGCCGGGCGCUCCCAUGGCCGCCGACGUCUUCAUGUGCUCCCCGCGCCGGCCUAGCAGCAGGGGCCGCCCGGUGCUCCUCAAACCCCCGGUGCCUGAGGACGACGACGACUCCGACACUGAUGAGCCGUCCCCGCCGCCCGCCUCCGGCGCCGCCAACCCGGCCCGGGCCCACGCGAGCGCCGCGCCGCCGCCGCCCUGGGCCGGGCCGGGCCGCGAGGAGCCUCCGCGCCGCCAGCAGAUUAUCCACAGCGGCCACUUCAUGGUAUCGUCGCCGCACCGCGAGCACCCGCCCAAGAAGGGCUAUGAUUUCGACACGGUCAACAAGCAGACGUGCCAGACCUACAGCUUCGGAAAGACCAGCUCCUGCCACCUGUCCAUCGACGCCUCGCUCACCAAGCUCUUCGAGUGCAUGACCCUGGCCUAUAGUGGGAAGCUGGUGUCUCCAAAGUGGAAGAAUUUCAAGGGCCUGAAGCUCCAGUGGCGAGACAAGAUCCGGCUCAAUAACGCCAUCUGGCGGGCGUGGUACAUGCAGUAUUUGGAGAAGCGCAGCAACCCCGUGUGCCACUUUGUCACCCCACUGGACGGCUCUGUCGAAGUGGAUGAGCAUCGCCGGCCAGAGGCCAUCACCACGGAGGGGAAGUACUGGAAGAGCCGCAUUGAGGUCGUGAUCCGGGAGUAUCACAAGUGGCGGACCUACUUCAAGAAAAGGUUGCAGCAGCACAAGGAUGAGGACCUCUCCAGCCUGGCCCAGGAUGUUGACACGCUUUAUUGGAACAAACAUGGCGAUGGAUGGAAGACCCCUGUCCCAAUGGAGGAGGACCCGCUGCUGGACACGGAGAUGCUCAUGUCGGAAUUCAGUGACACACUUUUCUCCACACUCUCGUCCCACCCGCCGGUGGCGUGGCCCAACCCCCGGGAGAUAGCGCAUCUGGGGAACGCAGACAUGAUUCAGCCGGGGCUGAUUCCACUGCAGCCCAACCUGGACUUCAUGGACACUUUUGAGCCUUUCCAGGACCUCUUCUCUUCCAGCCGCUCCAUCUUUGGCUCCAUGCUGCCUGCCCCCGCCUCAGCCCCCGCACCUGAUCCCAACAGCCCACCUGCUCAGGAGACCAUCCUGCCCGCCGCCGCCCUCCCCACCGUGAGCCUGCCUGACAGCCUCAUCGCGUCCCCCUCGGCCGCCGCCCUGGACCCCACGGACGGGCCAGGCUGUGAGCGCGCCUCCCAGCCCGGCGGCCCCUUCAUGCAGCCCGCAGACUUCGGCCCCUCUGCGCCGAGUGCCCCGCAGCCCUUCCUGCCGGUGUUCACCAUGCCCACCAUGCCCGUGCUCCCGCCCGGCCCCGCCCCGCCGCCCGCUGCCCCGGUGGCGCCCCUGGCCCCGCCGCCCGCCCCGGGCCUGACCCCGCCGACCCCACCCACCUUCCUGCAGCCACAGAAGUUUGCUGGAGCCGGCAAGCCCCCAGCUGUCAUCACCCACACGGCGUCCGCCACCCUCACGCAGGACGCCUCUGCCACCACCUUCAGCCCGAGCCAGGGCCUCGUCAUCGCCACACGCCACCCCGCCCCCGCAGCGUCCCCCCAUGGCCUGGCACUGUCCCCAGUCCCCCAGCUGCCGGCUGUCGGGCCUCCCCAGCCCUGUUUAGCUUUUGUGCACCCCAAACCUGUAUCCUUGACUGGAGGGAGGUCCAAGCAGCCCCCCAAAAUAGUGCCUGCUCCCAAACCGGAGCCCGUGUCCCUCGUACUGAAGAACGCCUGCAUCACCCAAGCGGCCUUCUCGGGACAGCCGCCCACGGUGAUCAUGACGGGCCCUCUGAAGAGAGAAGGGAUGCUGGCUCCCGCCGUGCCCCAGUCCAACGUGGUCCUCACGCCCGCGCCCGUCGCCAGGGCCCCCGGAGUCACCGAGUUCCGCAGCGGCAUCCUGGUGACAGACCUGGGCCGCGCCCCAGGCAGCCAGCCGGCCCCUGUCUCCCGGCUCUUUUCUCCGAGCGCAGCGCAGGACUCCCUGGGGCAGGGCGAGCCCGUCCCCCCGCACGGGGCCGGUCCCCAGGUCCCCGCUACGGUUCCCAGUCGCGACGGCCCGGGCUCAGGGCAGGCCUCUCCCUGUGCCUCGGAGCAGAGCCCCAGCCCUCAGUCUCCCCAGAACAACUGCUCAGGGAAGUUCUCCGCAGACGCCAAAAGUGUGGCUGUGCUGAAGAACCGGCAGAUGAAGCACAUUUCCGCCGAGCAGAAGAGGCGCUUCAACAUCAAGAUGGGCUUUGACACCCUCAACAGCUUGAUCUCUAAUAACUCCAAGCUGACCAGCCACGCCAUCACGCUGCAGAAGACGGUGGAGCACAUCACCAAGCUGCAGCAGGAGCGUGGCCAGAUGCAGGAGGAGGCGCGGCGGCUGCGGGACGAGGUCGAGGCGCUCAACGCCACGAUCAUCUCCUGCCAGCAGCUGCUCCCUGCCACAGGAGUCCCCGUCACCCGGCGCCAGUUCGAUCACAUGACGGACAUGUUUGACGAAUAUGUGAAGAGCCGGACCCUGCAGAAUUGGAAGUUCUGGAUUUUCAGCGUCAUCAUCAAGCCGCUGUUCGAGUCCUUCAAGGGGACGGUGUCCACCAGCAGCCUGGAGGACCUGCACCGGACGGCGCUGUCCUGGCUGGACCAGCACUGCUCCCUGCCCGUCCUCAGGCCGACGGUGCUGACCACCCUCCGCCACCUGAGCACCACCACCUCCAUCCUGACAGACCCGUCCCAGCUGCCCGAGCAGGCGGCACAGGCCGUCACCAGAAUCGGCAAGCGAUCAGGGGAGUCUUAGCAGCGCUCGGGCAUGCGCGUGCAGUGCCACACAAAGACCCUGCCCUGCCGCAGGGAGGAGGCCCGCCCGCCCGCGCCUCUCCGGACGUCGAGCCUCAGGGCCGCCCUCG